UGCAUCGACAGGUGCCUGUAUGCUCCGUGUCCCGUGUCCGAUGAGCAGAGAUAAGGGACCAGAGGAGGAGAUAGUGACUGGAAAGACAGCAGCAGUGUGGCGCGCCUCCCUCUCCACUGCUCUGUGCGCGCUCUCCCUAUUCGCGCCAGAGUCUGCAGCUGUCCACACCGCGUCUCCCACUGCUGAGAGAGAGCCAAGCAGCGACCAAACAUUUACACACGGAGUGCAACAGGGAAACGACGGAACUUUGAGACUAUUACCCACACUUUCACUUCAAACUGUGAGAAAAACAAAAGCUCGUGUCGCCCCUGCAUGGAGUGCAUUUUAGGAAUGUGGAAUACACUUCAACGUAAGAGGACGUGCCCGUGCCCCUGACGCCAUGAGCGCGGACCUGAACUUGACCUCGCUCUUAAACGUGACGGAGCUGCACAACCACAGCAGGGGAGGAUGUUCGCUCACCAAGACGGGCUUCCAGUUCUACUACCUGCCCACUGUUUACAUCAUGGUCUUCAUCACAGGGCUGGUGGGCAACAGCUUAGCCAUAUGGAUGUUUGUGUGCCACAUGAGACCUUGGAGCAGCAUCUCAGUCUACAUGUUCAACCUAGCACUGGCAGACUUCUGUUACGUCCUCUCUUUACCUUUCCUCAUAUUCUACUACUUCAAUAAAACUGACUGGAUAUUUGGGGAUGUGCUAUGUAGACUCCAGCGCUUUAUAUUCCAUGUAAAUCUAUACGGAAGCAUUCUUUUCCUCACCUGCAUCAGCAUGCAUAGGUACACUGGUGUGGUGCAUCCUCUCAAGUCUUUAGGUCGACUAAAGAAGAAAAAUGCCGUCAUAACCAGCGCAUUAGUUUGGGUAGUAGUGAUUUUAGCUAUAUCUCCGAUUCUGUAUUACUCCAGAACAGGCUUAAAACGCAAUGCCACCACUUGUUACGACACCACGACUGAAGAUGAGCUCCCUGGUUACUUUAUCUACAGCAUGACUUUGACUGUGUUUGGCUUUGUCAUCCCCUUUAUAAUAAUCUUCUGCUGCUAUGGCAUGAUCGUAAAGGCCUUAAUCUGCAAUGAUAUGAACAACGCGCCGCUCCGACAGAAAUCCAUUCACCUCGUCAUCAUCGUCCUGGCUGUGUUCGCCGUAUCCUAUCUGCCGUUUCACGUGAUGAAGAAUCUCAACAUGAGGGCCAGGCUCUACUUCCAAAGCCCUGAUAUGUGCGAGUUUAAUAACCGCGUCUACGCCACUUACCAGGUGACGCGCGGUCUGGCUAGUCUCAACAGCUGCGUGGAUCCUAUCUUGUACUUCCUGGCUGGAGAUACAUUCAGGAGGAAGCUGUCGCGUGCCACUAAAAAGCCCUCCAGGAAGGGGGACCAUGUACUUCAGUCCAGGAGUGAUGAUACAGCGCUGCACAGCUUGGCAGAGUACGUGGAGAAUGGAGAACGCAAACUUUAGACUCAUCGAUGGACAGAUUUUCUUACAGCUAGCGUUCCUGUGACAUCUUUCAAGUUGUUAUUCCAGGACCAUCUCCAAAUAUAACCAGAUGUUAUUAUUGUGUUAAUAUUUAUGUAUUUAUUCAUAUAAUUCAGUGUAAAUUUGAUAAGGUAGUGUAAAUGUAUGAGUUACAAGAAUUCGAAGGGGUCCCAAACCUGGUUAAAUUGAAAAGUUAUUGCUUAUUGAUCGAUAUGGCUUGGACGCAGGACUAUUGCGUACUCACAAAUGCAGUAAAUCAAUACGCAACCUUUUACAAUGCACCAAUCCACUCUAAUGAAUUGAAUCUGUAUCAAUGAAACACUAAAAAUGCACAGAUAUUUUGAAUUACCGGUGUACAUCUGACUGACACUCUACAUAAGAAGUGGUGUUUUGAUUGGAUGAUCCUGGAAGACCACCUUAAGAUGUUUCCAGAACGUCAAGAACACAAGGAGGUCCGAUAAAUAGUGAUCGUCUUUGGAUUAACUGCUGUCGUACACCCACAUGUGAAGGCUUCUGGACUUUGUUGUGUUGCUGUUAUUGUAAGCUACUGUAUAAAAUGUAUAAAUGUACAAAAGAAUCACCCUCUUCCAUCUGUUCCAACAAGUGUUAAUAGACCUACAUGACGAGCCACAAUGGAGGAAUUCAGUUUUUGCCAGAGACAGAUUUUUGAACUUAGAGCACCUUUUCUUGGACACAGCACUGACACUUGAUCAAUAGUUAUUACACAGUUCAGAUGAGGCGUUGUGGCGGCGGCGGUGACACCGGGAUGGCCUGUGGGACAAAGUGAAUGCACUGAAGCUGCGUAUGGAGUGCAGCGCCUGUAAUGCACUAACACUAAAAAACUGAGUGGACACCACCUGUCUUGUAUUUACUGACUUCUUUGGGAUUAGAAAAUGUACUGUUACCAUCAGGGCUUGACAUAAACAACUUUGCUCAUUUGUUGCUGCAGGAUUUUGUUUGCUUGGUUACUGUUGAUGUUUUAAGCUUUAUAGCAAAUAUUUAGAGUACACUUUCAAUGUAAAAUGGGAAUAUUUUUGGUGGUAGAUUAGUGCAUAGUAUAAUCACAAAAUGCCACCAUAAAUUUGAUUAUAAACACUAUCAUUUCUAUACACGUUGAUUUAUAUGAGAAAACUCUACGUAAGGGCCUUUCUCUAUAGCUAUAGUUAUCAAUUUUAUGUUUUUGUGUCAAAUUUUCUGUACGAAAACUACCUUGAUUCCUGUUUAUCAUCAGCAUAGCAGUCUAAUUACAUAACUAUUACAUAAUGUCCUGAAAAUGAGACUUGAGGUGGCUCGUCCUAGUGCUGUUGAUGUCAAGCCCUGUUUCUAUAUUCUAUUUAUCUUAACCUUUUCCUUACAGAUUUAAGAAGACAUUACUUGCAGUAUUUGUGUGUUUGAUCAUGUGAUGGAUGUUUUGAAGAUGUUGUACAGAAAACCUUGUUCUGAAGUCGCUAACCAGUACCUUUAAUUGCAUGAUCAGAUGUUGUCACGUAAGUCACUAACCACAGUGUGAAAUGUGUCAAUCACCUGCAUCCACAUACUGAUGAAGACACACUGUAUUUUUAAAGAAAUACCUCAAAUAACUACUGCACUGUUGGUGUUCACGUGGACAGAAGUCUAAAUAAUGUCGUUUUGAUAUAUAGAAUUGUGCAGCUCUUUGUAUAUUGUUGUUAAAACCGUGUAGGCUUUUGAUGUGUUUUUGCGCUGAUCAGGCAAAACAUUAUAACCCAAGAUAAGUGAUGAGAAGCAGAGGAGAGAUAUUUCAAUUUUACGAACAGCGAAAUGAUCUUUUUUAGCUUAAAAAGAGCCCUAUUGUGAUGACUAUAGAUAACUGCGUCAUCUUCAAAACUGCAGCCCAUUCGCCGUGUUCAGUCAUCCGUAUCUAUCAAGAGUAGUUCUCAGGAGGACCAGAAGGUAUUGCUGUUACUGAUAGAAAAAUGGCAAAUAAUCCACAAAGCAUCACAGUUUGUAGGUGGCAAUUUUUGUACAUUCAAUCAUCAGUUAUAACACAACCAGUGUUAAAGGCAGGUGCAUUUCAUGUUAUGCCUGAUCAGUGUUUAACUAUGUAUAGAAAUGUUAAUAUGGAAGAAAAUGAACAUGUGUACAUAGUAGUAUCUUAGACCACUAGUAUUCUUUGUCAAUAAAUUUUGAUAUGUAAACAACAAAACGCUUAACCUUAGCUGCCCUGCCUUCUUUUCACAUUGAUUCCAUUUCAUAGUAGCCGGGAGGAAGUUGUAGCGUACAAAGCAGGCGAAAAAGAGUGGCACCUUUCCUUUGGCUUCUCCUAUGACACCCUUUGUGCCCGUUACAAUGACAGGGCCUUAUUGAAGCAGACCGCGGUGCCAGUAACCCGGGGCUGUGCAUUAGAGUGGGCACAGGAAAUACAACCAAACCUCUUCAUCCUCACUGGACCUGCUGAAUACUAACGCCUUUGAUUUCUUGGCUCCAAGCUGCAAACUGCAAAAGUGAUCGGGGGCCAACAGCUCAGAGCCAAGGCCUUCUCUGAGUGGGUGGAAGUUGUAGCUGCGUGCACUAUUUGUUUUGUGCCACUAUCUCUUCUGCUUUCAUUUAGGAUGGUGGAUUCAAUGUAGUGCAAAAGAAUUAGCCACCUAGCAUAAGUGGAUUUGACUCAGUGUCAGAUCUUGACUUGCUCAAAAUCUGGAUGUGUGCCAGGAUCUCCUCCCUCCCUCAGUCCCUCCCUCUCUCUCCUCAGUUCAGUCUUUUGUUUCCCAGAAGCCUUUCACCUAUUUCUUUCUUCCUUAGAGCUUCUGUCUGAAAGCUGAAUGUUUUUUGAAAAAUAUUUGUACAUAGAAAAUUAACCAGACACUUUGAGCACAUUUAGAGAUGUUAUUUAUCAACUUAUUUGGAACCUAAAUGCAUUCUUCUUCAAAAUAAAAAGAACAGUGUUUUA